UGUUUCGGUUCUGGAAUUCACUGUCACAAAGUGGAAUGUCUGUUUGCAGGAGCGUCAGUUGCGUCAGCCUUCAUCGUUGAACAGGGUAAGGACGCAGAUUUUGGGUAACAGGCAAUAUGGCAUCAGCACAGGCAGCCUUAACAUUUGCUAUUUGUAUAUUAAUGAUAUCAGAAUUAAUAUUGGCAAAAAAGGACUACUAUGAUAUUCUGGGUGUGCCAAAAAGUGCAUCUGAACGGCAGAUAAAGAAGGCCUUUCACAAGCUUGCAAUGAAAUACCACCCAGACAAAAAUAAGAGUCCUGAUGCUGAGGCAAAGUUCAGGGAAAUAGCUGAAGCAUAUGAAACCUUGUCAGAUGAGAAAAGAAGAAAAGAGUAUGAUCAGUUUGACUACCGGGCGUUUACAAAUUCUAAAGGUGGGAAUGGACAUCAUUUUGAUCAGCCAUUCAAUUUUAACUUCGAUGAUAUGUUUAAAGAUUUUGACGUGUUCAGUCAGAAUCACCAAGCUCGUCAAAAACAGCACUUUGAAAACCACUUCAGAGCUCACCAGGAAGCCCACCGGAAACACAAGCGGCAUUUUCAAGAGUUCUCUUUUGGAGGGGGGGUCUUUGAUGACAUGUUUGAAGACAUGGAAAAGAUGUUUUCCUUCAGUAGUUUGGGCAAUACUCAGAGGCAAACAGUAAGAACUGAGAACAGGUUUCAAGGGUCUGGGAAGCAGCAUUGCAGAACUGUCACACAACGAAGAGGAAAUAUGGUCACCACAUACACAGACUGUUCAGGCUGAUAAGUUACAAUGUUUCUUGCCUUGUUGGGUGCAGUGAACACAAGUCAGAUUUGUAAGUAUCAAGAUUUUUUUUUUUUUUUUUUUUUUUUUUUUUAAUAAUCCAGACAUGUAACAUUUUGCCAAACUAAAACCUUGAGUAAAGUUGGUUUCAUUUUUUUAUUUAUUUAUUUUUUUAAAUGUGCUUCAGACAUAACCGCAACAUUUACUAAAGUUUGCAAUAAAAUCAGACAAUACAGUUCAUAUUGGGCCCAUUUUAGAGCACCCUGCAAUUUAGGUUUUAGUUAUUUUCUAAUCAAAUGUAGUAAAUAUAUACAGACUUCAUUUUUUUUAAUUAUUUUCAGUGAUCCAGUUUAAAAAAAAAAAAAAGGUAAUUGUACUUUUCCAGGAAUGGAUACUCAUUAAUAUCAGCUGGUUCAUCUUUAAAAUAAUAAUAAUAAUAAUAAUAAUAAUAAUAAUAAUAAUAAUAAUAGUGAUGAUGGCCAGGUUUAAAACAUUCAGAUCUGAUUUGUAAACUAAAGGUUAUGGUAACACAUUUCUCAAAUUAGUUUUAUAUACAAUUAAAACAUGCAGAAGAUGGUAGACCUUGAUGUUGUUUAAAUGUAUACAUGAUUUAUGCUGAAGUAUACAUAAUAAUCCUUAUCAGUUAAUACUCAGGAAGGUUAAAACUACAUUUGCUUUCAGUAAUGAUCUGAAUUUCUGUAGUGUUUGAUUCUGUUACCUCAUGUCCUCUGUAGAGUCUGUGAUGUAUAGAUGUGUAAUGUGCAAUAUGUCAAGCCAGCUUUUCUCUUUUCCUGUGUCUGCUAAUUCUUUUCAUUCAUUGCUGGUUUUAUAUUAAAUGUUCAAUUUCUGUACAGCUGAAUUGUCAUGCACUUUCUUUGUUGCACUUAUUCCUAUGGAUACAGUUUAUUUACAUGAGUCUUAUAUGAUGAGUGCACACGUGUGAAAAAAAUAAAGUAUACUUGUAAAAUCUAAACAUUUUUAGUGUAAUCUUGUGAUUUGUAAAAUGUCAAGAAAAACAUUUAAUCCAGGGAUUUGUAAUUUUAUAGAGUAAGUAGCUUCAAAUGUCAUUUUAAUUGCUGUUGUAUGGUGUGUGUGUGUAGUCCUUCUGUGUGUUCCUUCCAUUCUGCUCUUUAUUCCAACUCUGGUCUUAUUUAAUUGAAACAAUUAAACCUCCAUACAAACACUAAAGUAGUUCAUUAUCUAAUUGUACCUGUUAAAAAGAGGUGGAAUGGCUCUCCAGGACUGAUUGGGCAUCGCUGUCUUAAGUGCUGGAACUGAACAGCCUUCCUCAUUUCAUUCCAAUUUGACUAUGUGACCUUUCACUGUCAGUUUCACCCUUGGUCCAAGUAGAGUAGGUGGAUCUAACACAGUUACAAAGUCACAUUGUCACAUGAUUUGAGUGGAAUGAAGAAGCCAUUGUCACAGCACAAAGGAUACUCGAGAGACACUCGCAAGCAAAUAAAGGAUUUAGAGAAAAAUUCUAAUAAUCCAUAGUGGCAAAACAACCCAGAAGAACUCAUAAUGACUGAAAUGUAAGGGAAAUAAAAUUACAUUUGAAGCUAAUUAACCUUAAAAGGUGUGUUUUAUUUUGAUUGUGGAGUCCGUUGUUUCACCUCAAGUCAUAUUCAGGUGGACUUUGCAUAAGAUGUCACCUGACAAAAUCAGCUUUGUUUAUAUUAUGUUUAGAAAAUACUGGGACAUGGUUUUUAAAAUUGGCCUGGAUUGGAACUUUAUCUGUUACCUCAGCUGACCAUGGUAAAAAUCUUUCCAGUUUUGUAUAAACAGGUCUUUUUUAACCCCAAUGAAAAGUAUUUGCAAUGAAUAAAAAUCUCAUUAUAACAUGCAUUGUAUUACAACUUGCCGUUCCUC